ACGCACAAGAAGGGCCAAACAGAAGAGUAACAGAGAGGAAAACAUAUACACAAGCAAGGAUCAUAAGGAUGGCAACCCUUGUCGCUCCUCACCAGUUUCACCCUAUGGAAGACGCCGAAAAGAUCAAGAAAGCCUGUCAAGGGUUGGGAACCGAUGAAAGGGCGAUAAUAUCGAUAUUAGGACACCGGAAUAUGUUUCAGAGGAAGCUCAUAAGGCAAGCUUACCAAGAACUUUACAGUGAGGAUCUCAUUCACCAGAUGAAAUCCGAGCUCUCUGGCGAUUUUGAGAAAGCCAUAUGCUUGUGGGUAAUGGAUCCACCAGAGAGAGAUGCUGUCUUAGCCAACUCGGCCAUUCAUAAGCCUGUUCCUGACUAUAAGGCCCUCGUAGAGAUUUCCUGCAUGAGAUCACCCGAAGAUCUGUUAGCCGUUAGACGUUAUUACCAAACACGUUACAAGCGUUCCCUCGAGGAAGAUCUCGCCUCCCAUACGUCUGGCGAUAUCAGGAGACUCUUGGUAGCAAUGUCAAGCGCCUAUAAGUACGACGGAGACGAAAUGGACGAGAUGUUGGCUCAGUCAGAGGCCGGGAUUCUUCACGACGAGAUCGUGGGUAAGGCUGUUGACCACGAAGAAACUAUCCGGGUUCUGAGCACGAGGAGUACGACACAGCUUAACGCAAUCUUCAACCGCUACAAAGAUAUCUACGGCCGAUCUGUCACUAAGGAUCUUCUCAAUCACCCGACCGAUGAUUACCUAAGCACGCUGCGUGCGGCCAUCAGGUGUAUCAAGAAUCCAAAUCGGUACUACGCGAAAGUUUUGCGGAAUGCGAUCAAUGAGGUGGGGACUGAUGAAGAUGCUUUGAGCCGUGUGAUCGUCACGCGUGCGGAGAAGGACCUGAAGAAGAUCGACGAGUUGUACCUCAAGAGGAACAAUGCCAGUCUCCUUCAAUCCGUGGCGAAAGAGACGUCCGGUGACUACAAGGCCUUUCUGCUGGCCUUGCUUGGAACUGAAGAGAAUUAGGACUCAUAAUCAGCUAUAAAAUAUAUAUAUAUAUAUAUA